AUGAUAUCCCCGUUUCUUCUACUUGUAUGGUUUGUAGUUCAGUUGAACCAAGUUAAUGCAAGUAACUAUACAUUCGGCUUACUCCUCACGAAACUACCAUUCCUGCCGUACAAUGUGUAUAAAAUUGGCGCUGCAGCAAACGUGGCAAUAAAACACAUCAGCAACAACCCCGACAUUCUUCCUAACGAUACGCUAGACUUCAUAUAUUAUGACAGUGGUUGUGACGGCAGAGUGUCUUUGGAUAGAAUGGUAACACUCAUUCGUGAUGACCACGUGGCUGCUAUAAUCGGACCGGACUGCUCGACGGCAUCAAUGGCUGCAGGCCUCCUGGCGUCUCAGUGGAACGUUCCCAUGGUUGGACACAUCUCAUCUGCAUCGGGAUUAUCGUCUAAGAGGUUGUAUAAUACGUACGGCCGUACGUCUUCGCCAUAUUCUAAAACCGCCUGGGCAGUCAUUGAAACCAUAGAUGCAUUUGACUGGAAACAUAUUGGUCUCUUUGGUGGUGGUUUUACAUCCUACUUGGUGAAUAUUAUAGAAUCAAUAGAAUUGGAAAUACAACAAACAAAUAUGACCAUGGAAAUAAUUCGCUUUGAUCCAGCUGAUGUGUCUCUAUAUGAAGAGAAGCUGGAUGAUAUGGUUACAAAGGCAAGAAUCAUUGUAUUAGUUAUGAAAAUUGAACAAGUUCGUGAACUUAUGCUACUUGCUUACGACAAAGGGUACCUAUCUAAUGGAGAGUAUGUGUUCAUAAGUGUGGAGCGAAUAACACUGGGCGUCUAUGAGGGUACGGCAUGGCGGAAUGGUGUAGAAACUCGGAUUGACGACUUGGCGACUGCCUUCAAAUCUCUUCUGGUACUAGAAAUGGUUAAUACCGAUGUGGAGGCGUUCAAUGCAUUUGCCCUGGAAGUUAAGGAGAGUUUUUCAGAACCACCAUGGUAUAUGAACAUGACUGAUGUUUCUGGGGUCCAUUCUGUGGCUGCAUAUUUGUAUGACGCUACACUCCUGUAUGCACUUACUCUACAUCGAGUACGAAGUAAUGGAGGCGAUCCUUACGACGGAAGAAACUUCUUCAAAGAAAUGCAAAAAGUUGACUUUCAAGGCCGUAUUACAAUAGAUGAAAAUGGUGAUCGAAAUCAAGAUUUCUGGCUUCUCAAUUUCGAUGCUAUCAAUGGCGUUUUGGUCAAGGCUGGUUUGUAUGAUAGUGCAACUAGUACGCUUCGGCUGCUUUCUGGUACAAAAAUAGCCUGGCCUUCUGGAAAAGAUGAGCCUCCACUUUCAGUACCGAUAUGUGGUUUCCAAGGAGAGUUAUGCAUAGAACCAGAAAAAGAUUUGACGAAUCUUAUAAUAGCCAUUAUCGCUUCCCUGGCUAUAGCGUUCGUGGCUUCUAUAAUUGCGUUUGUCGUGUACCGGAAACAACAAUUCGAAGCUGCACUACUGGAAACAGUAUGGAAAAUUAACUACAACGACAUUGCGAUGCAGAAAAACUGGAAGUCAUUUCACGGCAGUUGCGUCAGUGAAAGCAAGGCCAGAGUGAUCUCGAGAAGUAUUCUUUCAAUGGAUAGAUUUCAAGACAUGUACCAACAGCAGGUAUUCGCAACGAUUGGAACAUAUCAGGGCGAAUUGGUAGCUAUAAAAAUGGUGAAUCGUUCGGGAAUAAAUAUUACACGAGGACAGUUGUUAGAAUUGAAACAGAUGCGUGACAUCCGUCAUGACAAUCUCAAUCAGUUCAUUGGUGUCUGUGUAGAUCCCCCAAACAUCUGUAUCGUGGAACAGUACUGUCAGAAGGGAAGUCUUCAGGAUGUUCUGGAAAAUGAUGAAAUCACCUUAGAUUGGUUGUUUAAAAUGUCUUUCGCGAAUGACAUUGCUGCGGGUGUUCAAUUUCUCCACAAAAGUCCAUUAACUGUACAUGGUAAUUUAAAAUCGUCGAAUUGUUUAUUAGAUGGACGUUGGGUUGUGAAAUUAACAGAUUAUGGUCUUUGGGAAUUUAAAAAUCAUAAAAGAUUCCGAUCAGAAGAGAGCGAAGAAGCUGUUUAUCGAGGAUUAUUAUGGACUGCUCCUGAAAAUUUACCAGACACAGAUAUUGUCAAUUCAACUGCGAAAAUGUCGCAAAAGGGUGACAUAUAUAGUAUUGGUAUUAUCUUACACGAGAUAGUGUACAGAGAUGGUGUAUAUGGUAACACUGUUUUGUCACCACGAGAAAUUAUUGAAAGGGUGAAGAAUAUUGAAACUUCUACAGUCUAUCGCCCUGGGUUUGUGAGUGAUUCCUGUCCACAAGAAAUGACUGAUUUGAUACAGCGAUGUUGGCAUCCUGUACAAGAAAAGCGAUGUGAUGUGUCAUACAUAAGACACAUUUUACGUGAUGUAAAUCCAAACAAAAGUUUAAGUAUAAUGGACAACAUGGUAGCCAUGCUGGAAAAAUAUGCACACAACUUAGAGGAGAUUGUCGCUGACCGAACAUCACAAUUAAUGGACGAAAAGAAAAGAACGGAACAGUUAUUAUACCGAAUGUUACCACGAUCAGUGGCAGAGAGACUAAAAAAUGGCGACCCAGUAGAAGCAGAGACAUUUGAUUCUGUUACUAUAUUCUUUUCUGAUAUUGUAGGCUUCACUGCAAUAUCCGCGUCCAGUGAUCCAAUGCAGGUUGUUCAGUUAUUGAAUUCGUUAUAUUCCUUGUUUGAUGGUAUUAUUGAGGGAUAUGAUGUGUAUAAGGUGGAAACUAUUGGCGAUGCAUACAUGGUGGUCAGUGGAUUACCGAUACGUAAUGGAAAUAAACAUGCUGGUGAAAUAGCCACUAUGGCAUUGGCGUUAUUAAGUUCCAUUCAGUCCUUCAGAAUUCCACACAUGCCGAAUGAAAAAUUAAAACUACGGAUAGGUGUACAUACAGGUCCUUGUGUUGCUGGUGUAGUCGGAAUAGCGAUGCCUCGGUACUGCUUGUUCGGCGAUACAGUCAAUACUGCGUCUAGAUUCGAAUCAAAUGGCGAAGCACUCCGUAUUCACAUCAGUAAAGAGGUAAUGGAAGUGUUGAAUAUACUUGGAGGAUAUGUAUAUGAAGAAAGGGGUGAAGUCUACAUGAAGGGAAAAGGCGUACUGACUACAUAUUGGUUGAUCAGAAAAAACAACUAA